UUUCAAAAUGUUUCUUCAGAGGAGAUAAAGGGCAGUAAUUGUACGGAUGGGGUGCCUAAAAUGGGCAUACGCAAUCUCUAUGGUAUUAACUUAACUUCACCAAACAUCACACAUCGCUUGCCACGCUGAACCGCAAGGAUUCGAAACCAGAUGAAGUGCAGAAGAUGUAGAAAUAUUAUAUUUUAAACCAUAUGUUAGUUCAUGUGUGAUCUAAACAUUAAAACACGGCGCGCAAUUUUGGAAAUUUAAAACAAAAAUUCAUCUAGAAAUAUCAAUAACCAGAAGCCAUCAACACGACUCAGAAAUGGAAGCACGACUUCGUGUCUUCCUCGUCUGGUUCUUUGGUUCUGUACUCAAAAAUGGAUCAGCAUCUAAUUUAAGGCUCAUCGGUGGCAGCACUAGAUCAUCUCCUUCCGGUAUUCUACAAAUCUUACAUAAUGGCAAAUGGGGAACAAUAUGUUCUGACGGUUGGGAAAUUGCAGACACUAAUGUUGCUUGCAAACAGCUUGGCUACUCGAGUGGUGUGAAGUUCAUGUCCAUGGGAGAAGGAAGCGGCCAGAUCUGGCUGGUAAAUGUUGGAUGUACUGGGUCUGAGGACUCGUUGGAUAACUGUAGUCACGCAGAUUGGGGUGUCCAUGAUUGUGAUCACACUAAAGAUGUUGGCAUCGUCUGUCAAUCUGGUUCCCCUGAUGUGAGCGUUCGAUUGGUUAAAGGUAGCGAAUCUCACUUUGGUCGUGUUGAAUUCGAAGUACGUUAUUACGGUAUAUGGAGAUCCAUCUGUGACACCAACUGGGAUAGACAAGAUGCUAAUGUCGUAUGCAGGAUGUUGGGCUACAGCCGAGGUGCAGCCUUUGGUAUCCGAGGAUAUCAAAGUUCUGGUUUAGUUUGGCUUUCUGAUGUCAGAUGCAGUGGGCGYGAGUCUUCUAUCGAAAACUGCAACAGUCCAAAGUGGGGACAAGGAGCUGGCAGUUGUCCAAACAACCGGAGAGCUGGUGUAUUUUGUAUCUCAGGGUCUUCAAAUGUCCGUUUUAGUCUUUCUGAAAGAAAUAGGCCAAAUGUUCAUGUUGGGCGACUACAAGUGAGUUACUACAGCACAGUGGGCAGUAUUUGCACAGAAAACUGUGACUUACGAGACGCACAUGUAGUUUGUCGAACAGCAGGAUACAGUCAAGCGCUAGCGGUCUAUAAGAAAGAGAGUGGAAUGGUUAGAUUCACACCAGUAAUGCACUGUAGUGGCAGUGAAAGAUCAAUGCGGGCCUGCGGAUACUACUUUGCUGGCAUCAGCUUGUGCGCAAGUAAAACGGAUGCCUGGAUCGUCUGCAAGCCAAGUGGAUCCUCGACAACGACCAUACGUCUCCAAGGUGGGUCAUCAAGUAUGGAAGGACGCGUCGAAAUCCAGCAGUACGGAGUGUGGGGCACAGUCUGCAAUUCUUAUUGGGACAUACGUGAUGCUAAUGUAGUUUGUCGUAUGCUGAACUACAAGGGAGCCAUGAGAGUCUACACAGUGGGUGGAGGGACAGGUCCAGUAUGGCUUACGAGACUUGGAUGUAAGGGAGACGAGAAAGAUAUCCUUAACUGUACUCAUAGUGGAUUGGGGCAGACAAGAUCAUGUAGUCAUAGUAAUGAUGCUGCAGUAGUUUGUCAUCAAUAUCCAGGUGUCGUGCAAGUUCGUUUAGCAGGAGGGCCCUCCCCAUAUGUUGGUCGGGUAGAGGUUAAGUUUAACAACAUAUGGGGAACAAUUUGUCUCGGUAACUGGGAUAUCAAUGAUGCUCAUGUUGUGUGUCGUAUGCUGAACUACACCCGAGCAUUGGCUGCUAUCAGGAGGUUUGGAGGAGGAAGUGGUAAAGUAUGGCUACACGAUGUGGGAUGUACCGGUAAAGAGAAAUCAAUAGACAUGUGUUACCAUGCUGGAUGGAAUGGAUGGGGAACUUGUGAUCAUAGCUUCGAUGCAGGUGUAAUAUGUCUUGGAAAUGACGAUAAAAACCCUAACGUAGCUGUUCGAUUGGUACCUGGGUACACUCCUAAUCAAGGCCGAGUAGAAGUUCGAUAUUAUGGAGUCUGGGGCGCAAUUUGUCACCAUAGUUGGGGUCUAGCAGAUGCUUAUGUGGUGUGUCACAUGUUAAAUUACAGUAAAGCAUCCUGGGCCGGAGAUGCUAAAUACAAAGGAAGCCGUGGUAGUAGUGGACCUAUAUUGUUAGAUAACGUGCGAUGCAGUGGAAACGAAUCCAGUAUCGCGCAUUGUGCACAUAACGGUUUGGGUCGCGAGUCUUGUAACCAUAACGAAGAUGCGGGCCUAGUAUGUGAAAACCUCCCUAAAGAGGAACAAUUUGUGGAAGCUCGUCUGACUGGUCCUCUCCCCUUCUUCGGAACUGUAGAAGUCAAAUACMAAUGGACCUGGAUGUCAGUCUGUGAUGAUACCUGGGAUAUCUUAGACGCCCACGUGGUCUGUAGAAUGCUUGGUUACCAGGCAGCUUUGGCAGGAAUCAAACGGUACAAAGAUGGUCACAUAAAAGGAAGCGUGUUGGGUGGCGUGGAGUGUAACGGAAUGGAAGCAACAAUCAGUGAAUGUUAUCACCGUGGAUGGACUAACAAUGAAUGCAAUCCCAGAUUUAGAUCUGCUGUAUUAUGUCAACAUCUAAAUGGUUCUUCACCAAUAGACAUUCGUUUGGAAGACGGAAAUUCACCCAACUCUGGCCGUGUUGCUGUUCGCUAUGGUAACGUAUGGGGUACAAUAUGUAACAGGGGACUGGACAUCAACGAUACUAUAGUGAUUUGUCGUAUGAUCGGCUACCCCGGGGCAAGUAAAGUGUAUUCAAAGUCCACCUUCAGACCUGGAAAUGGUACUAUCUGGUUGAGUAACCUAGAGUGUAAUGGAACAGAGAACUCAAUUGUUGACUGUCGUCAUCCAGGAUGGGGACAAACAACGUGUAACCAUGACGACGAUGCUGGAGUCGAUUGCCAAUUGGCCAGUGUUCCUAAGUUUCAUUUAAACGCGUUACUGCUAACCGAAUCAAAAGCUUUUCUUAUGAUUGAAAAAUCGAAUCCAAUGGAAAAAGUCUUAGACAGUGCCUACCAAAUCAUUUGUGAAAAAAUAGUGAACAAGGAUGUCUUCUCUUCUACUGAUCAAACAAAAAAACGAUUGCCUUCUUAUGUCCACGGUGUAACCAUGGCAACGAGUAACGGUUCGUCAAUGUACGUUACCGCAGAGGUCAAAUAUUAUCAUGGUUCGCUCAACUUUACCGUCGGCGAUGGUCUUCUUUAUAGUGGUUAUCAUAAUGUACCGUUGGAAGCAGGGUGUGCUUAUAAAGUGCAUAUGCGAAUCGUAACUAAAGAUUGUAAUGGGAGGAAAGUUUAUGGCGAUUCGUCCUUCGUUGCAUUUACAACAAAACCCGGGGRAAAAGGAAACAAGUUUUUUCAAGUCUCGAAAGGUGUUGUCAUAGCUCUUUCGAUUGCACUUGUAGUCUUGAUUGCUAUCAUACUUGGUCAUUUGGUGCGAAGAAGACUACGGAAGAAAAACGAACGUCUAGGAAAAUCGAAGAAAAAAGGAAAUGAUCAAGGCGAAGAAUUGGAAAUGACCAGUAGUCAGACGUAUUAUGAUAAUACGACACGUCAAUACCAGUCGCUACAUCAUGGAGAGCCACAGGCAGAGCAAGACGAAGUCAUUUAUGUCAAUUUGGGGGGUGCAAACCAGAGACAAUUCGAAAGACCCUCAGCGGUGGUGACUCCAAAUGUAUACACAUUGGAGAGAUCUCUGUAUGAAAACGUUGAACACUAAGGCAUUUGUAGUAUUAUUGUUUGAUGGACAUAUCAUAGUAAAACACUUAGAAGGAUAGAAUAAAAUAUACCCCAACUGAGGGUGUUUAUA